ACAAACAGCAAUCGAGGCACGAAGCUUUGUUCCGUGUUCAAUAUAUUGGUGCUGGCAACACGAGCUCAGACGCUGCCUGGCUGGCUGUCACUUUUGGGGCGCUUGGUUAGGUCGACGGAGCGAAGAUGGCGACCGCCUACGAGCGCUACAAUUUACACACCACCCCAGAAAAGUUUUUCAUUGAAGCCUGCGAUGAAGGGGCUGAUGCCGUCCUGACUAUCGACAGGGUGUCAAACGAGAUGACCCUUACAAGUAAAAAGGAUAUCCCUGCCUCAGCGGUGACCAGGCCAAUUUGCGGCAUCAUGGGAACCAUUCGCCUGGUUGCUGGGAUGUACCUCAUCGUCAUCACUAGGAAGAGAAAUGUGGGCAGCCUCAUGGGUCAUGCAGUGUGGAAAGCUGUGGAUUUUGAUAUCAUCUCUUACAAGAAGACAAUUUUGCAUCUGUCAGAGAUCCAGUCUCAAGAGAACAAGACCUUCCUGGCCAUGCUAAACAAUGUGCUGACGACAGACGGUUUCUACUUUUGCACGGAUUAUGACCUGAGCCACACCCUUCAGCGGCUGGCCAAUACCAGCCCCGACUUCCAGGAGAUGAGCUUGCUUGAGAGGGCAGAUCAGAGGUUUGUGUGGAAUGCAAAUCUCCUUCGAGAGCUCGCGGCCGAGCCAGAGCUCCACCGGUUUGCGCUCCCUGUUCUACAUGGCUUCAUUGUCAUGAAACCGUGUCGCAUCAACGGGAAGAUCUUUGAGUGGAUCCUCAUAUCUCGCAGAAGCUGCUUCCGAGCUGGUGUCAGAUACUAUGUCAGAGGCAUUGAUUCGGAGGGCCACGCUGCUAACUUUGUUGAAACGGAGCAGAUGGUAUUAUACGAAGGAGCCAAAGCUUCCUUUGUGCAGACGAGAGGCUCGAUGCCUUUUUACUGGAGUCAGAGGCCCAACCUGAAAUACAAGCCCAAACCCAUUAUCAGCAAAACCAGCAGUCACUUGGAUGGUUUCCAGAGGCAUUUUGACUCUCAGCUUCUAAUCUAUGGCAAACAAACACUUCUUAACCUGGUCAAUCAGAAAGGCUCUGAAAAGCCACUUGAACAGGCAUUUGCCAAGAUGGUGGCUACUACCAACAAUGGAUUGCUGAAUUACAUCGCCUUUGACUUCCACAAAGAGUGUAGCCACAUGAGAUGGGAUCGUCUCCAGAUCUUGGUGGAAGCCGUGGCCGAAACGCAAGAUGAAUACAGUUACUUCAUGGUGAACCCGGACGGAAAGCUACUAGCGCAGCAGAAAGGCGUCUUCCGCAGCAACUGUAUGGACUGCUUGGACAGAACCAACGUCAUCCAGAGCCUUUUGGCACGACGCUCCUUGCAGUCUCAGCUCCAGAGAAUGGGGGUUCUGAAUGUCGGACAGCGUCUUGAAGAACAGGCUGACUUUGAGAGGAUCUACAAAAAUGCAUGGGCUGACAAUGCCAACGCAUGUGCCGUACAGUACGCCGGAACCGGUGCAUUAAAAACCGACUUCACAAGGACAGGGAAAAGAACCCAUUGGGGAUUGUUGAUGGAUGGCUGGAACUCAAUGAUCCGCUAUUACAAAAACAACUUCUCUGAUGGCUUCCGACAAGAUUCAAUUGACUUGUUCCUGGGCAAUUUUGCCAUUGAUGAAUCCGACGGCCCCGGUCCUCUCAGGGUGCAGAAAGACUGGAAGUUCCUCACCCUACCGAUCGUCAUGUUGGUGGCAUUCUCAAUGUGCAUUGUAUGCUUUCUCAUGGCUGGUGACACAUGGACAGAGACUUUUGCUUAUGUGAUGUUUUGGGGCGCUUGUAGCGCCAUCACAGCCACCAUCAUCCUCUUUAAUGGGCAAGACUUUGUGGAUGCUCCUAAACUUGUUCACAAAGAGAAGAUGGACUGAGCAAGUUGUGUGUGUGUAUGUGUGUGUGUGUGCGCGCGCAUAUCGGGGUACGCAAUCAUCACUCUGAGGACCAGAGCAAGAUGUAUUGUCAACAUUUAUCUCUUCACAUGCUAUCUGAUGUGUCCAUAUUUGAGGGGUGAACAAUUGGAGUCUUUUCAAAGGCAUUGAUUAUUGCGUUCUCAGCGGGGAGCUCGCAAAUGAUCACCAGACGUUUGCCUAAACCCGAUGAACUAACUAACUCCUUGACGACAACGCAACGUUCGCUGCCUUCAAAAGCGCUCGCAAUAGGGAUAGGAGCUUAAGAUGUUUCGUGGUGUGUUACACAGACAAAUAAAUCAGGAUUAGGGUUCAUCUGUUCCAAAAGGCAUGUAGUCAAAAGGAUUGGAUCGUGAUCAACAGCCUUUCCUCCUGGCAAAACACUUUGGGUUGUCCUGUCAACUUUCUACCAUUCCUGUUGUUACCUGUAUUCUUCAGUUGCCUUCUUUAUUGUGUGUACGUCAGGAUUCUUUAGUCUACAUUGUCAUCUUCUGUGUCCAAUUUUGUGACGGAAUAGGGAGCGAGCGAGCGAGCGAGCCUUACCGCAACUCGUGAAAAGCAACAAUUGCCCCUCCAAGCUAAAAGAGCUUCAUUGCGCAAAUGACUACUUUUGUAUGAUUGAACUUCCUUAGAAAUGUACUCACAAUGGCUGCCAAGACCAAUUGACAUAUACAAUUAAGAUAACUGGAUAGUCACUCACAACUUGUAUGUAAUUGUUGCAUUAUUACAUUAAAUAGUAUCAAUAUUCCUGAAGUUUUGAACAGUUUUUUCAUGUAUGCACAUUUUUGUUGACUUGUACUGCUACAUUUAUCACGAAGCCAUUCAUCGUGAUAUGUAGUGUGGUAUAAGGAUAUUGUGCAGUCAUCUAAAUAUUGUCCUCAGUUAUUAGUAGUUCUAACUCAAGAGAAUUUCUUUUUUUUUUUUUUGCCCAAGGUAAUUAUUGUAUGUUUGCACAGAAAUGAUCAUGAUUUGUAAACGACACAUUGUCAUGUUUGCAAGAAAGCUACUCAAUUGCACACACAACUUCAUGUUGCUUCAACUGACACAUUUUGCAUAUUUGAUGGAUGACCUUGCAAGACUUUGGGUUUCUAAUGUGUAUUGUGUUGUCAUUAUGUUGACAUAGUAUAUACUAUAUACACACGUAUAGACAUGAUAAUAAGUGAUAAAUAAUAUUUUCACACACUGUAGAGCAUUAAUAUCAUUUAGUAGUUGCUUCUGUUGUGAUUUAACCUCUAGCUCAUCUGUUCUAAAUGAUUUUUUGCAAAUUUGUCAACAGUUACGCUUGUGAUUUCAAAAUGUCAACUUGGUUAUUUGCGGGGAUUUGAUGGUGUCACAAAUCUCACUAUGUAUUUACAGUACAUUGUAUUUUGGGUCCAGGUCGACCAAUUUGUGAUUUUCUCCUCAGCAGUCAACUCUAUUUAAGCCUUCAUCACUUUGUUUGAAUACUGUAUAUUUGACAAUAAACUACUGUGAACGAACA